AUGUUGCUUUACUUGUUUAUAGCAGCCACACUGGCCUUCACAAGUGGUGAUGAUUACCAAGUUGUGCAUGGACCAGAGUCCAAUGUUUUUACUGCUGGCAAUGAGCAGUAUUCCAGACCAAGUUGCACAACAUGCUGCAGAGUAUUAUUUGCGUCCGACUACAAUUAUGUGACAAAAAAGAGAUUUACUACCAAUGAUAUGAACACACGUUAUGUGAUGGAUAUGGAGUUUGAUAACAGAAACAAGGUUAGAGCGGCUUGGGGCGAGUACGAGCAGAACAUCUUGUUACGACCAAUUAACAUGGGUAACGAACUUCAGUUCUGGGAAUUUGCUCCUUACAAGAUGUUCAUCUCAUUCCCUAUCCCUAGAAGAGUUCACGAUAUCAGACGCGGUGCUUUCGAAGGAUACACUUUAAUCAUUUGGGCUAAGAAACCCCCUUUGGAUGAAGGAACUAACAACCAAAGAUUCCUCUAUGUCCACCCAUACGCUGGAUACCCAACUACUGCUACUUACGCUCAAUACAAACAACACUUCUAUAUCCCAUACCAAAAUAAUUAUGAUUACGCCCUCUGCUAUCAAGCUAAAACACCAACGGAAAGAAGAUCCACUUGGGAUGGAAAUGCAAAAUUGACCACUGUGGGUUCAAGCUAUCAAAUAUAUGCUACAAAAUGCAGUAAUAAUGCUGCCACACAAUAUUUCGUUCCUAUCUUCGCGUAA